AUGGAGUUUCGUCCCCCAGUUGGACCACUCAUCCCUAGACGCAAGAUAGCACCUGGAAGACUCUGCCAAAAUUUUGGUAAAGAGUCUCAGUUUUUAGCAAGUGGGCCUGGCAUCGGGGUAAUGUCGGUAACAAGACGGGAUCCGUCCCGGUUUUCGAGGAAUUUCGGGGCGGAACCAUGUCAGCUCGCAGAGCUAGAACAAGGGGUCGCGAUCAGAGAUGAGGGCCAAAUCCGCCACCUCCAUCUCCAUCACCACCUCCUUCACCACCAGUGCCUUCGCCUCCACCAUCUCCAGGUGCCGAAGAUAAUGCUUUGGAUUUGCUGCAUGUGCUUAGCCAGUUUACCCGCAUCAUUCAUCUGUGGAUUGUUUUCGGAGGGAAGUAACACUUCGGAGUCCAGGGCAACCCAAAAAGAUAUCCCUGUUGUUAGAGAAUUCCCAAAUGUCUUUCCAGAUGAUCUCCCUGUUUUAUCCCCUGAAAGGGAAAUCGAGUUCACUAUCGAACUUCUUCCAGGCACCAACCCUAUCUAUCAGAUUCCUUAUAGGAUGGCACCAACAGAGUUGCGUGAGUUGAAGACUCAGUUGCAGGAAUUAGUGGAUAUGGGAUUUAUCCGACCCAGUGUUUCUCCGUGGGAUGCACCGCUGAGGGGUACCAAGUAUUUCCUUAAGAUUGAUAUGAGAUCAGGAUACCAUCAGUUGAGGAUCAGAGAAGAGGAUAUUCUCAAGACCGCAUUCAGAACGCGGUAUGACGAUAUCCUAGUUUACUCCAAGACUUUAGAAGGGCAUAAGAAACACCUAAGGUUGGUAUUGAGGACUUUGAGGAGAAAGCAGCUUUAUGCCAAAUUCAGUAAGUGUCAGUUCUGGCUGGAUAGAGUAGUAUUCCUCGAGCAUGUCAUUUCAGCUGAAGGGAUUUAUGUGGAUCCACAGAUAGUUGAAGCUAUUGUGAAUUGGGUACAACCCAUGAGUGUGACAGAAGUACGGAGUUUUCUGGGGUUAGCAGGCUACUAUCGUCGAUUUGUGGAAGGGUUCUCUUCGAUAGCAGCACCUCUCACGCGGUUGACGAAGAAAGAUGUUAAGUAUGAGUGGAUGGAGGAGUGCGAACAGAGUUUUCAGGAGUUGAAGAAGUGGUUAACCACCGCACCUGUUUUGGCUCUUCUAGAUAACUCGGGGAAUUUUGUGAUCUACAGUUAUGCAUCUUUGCAGGGCUUAGGAUGUGUUCUGAUGCAACAUGAUUGGGUGAUUGCUUAUGCCUCGAGACAACUCAAGAAGCAUGAGCAGAAUUGUCCUGUCCAUGAUUUGGAGCUUGCUGCAGUAGUGUUCACUCUCAAGAUUUGA